CACGUUUUUCUGCGCCUUGGACGUUGUCAAACUCUGUUAUUGACCCCCCAUUUUCUCAAUUUUUGCUCAUUUAUAUAAAAAUUAUCUUGGCGCAAAUAAUUUUGGAUGGGGGGCAAUUAUUUCUCCGAAGACUAUAUCCCCGGUACAACCAGCAUCUUAGCAGUCAGCGAAGAUGCAUCCAACAAUGAAUCAGGACGACCUAUAAAAAAGACCAGCAAGGGCGUUGUCCUGCUCCCGCAACCUUCUGAUUCUCCCAAUGAUCCGCUCAAUUGGUCUUCGGCGAGAAAGACAUGGCAUUUUAUCCUUGUGUCUUUCAUCACAGCACUCACAGCAGCCAUCUCCAAUGAUGCUGGUGCUGCCCAGGACUCGUUGAACGAGGUGUAUGGGAUUUCCUAUGAUUCGAUGAACACGGGGGCUGGUGUGCUGUUCCUUUUCAUCGGCUGGUCGUGUAUUUUCUUCGCGCCCGCUUCGUCUCUGUACGGCAGAAGAAUCACGUACAUUAUUUGUAUCUUGUCGGGCACUUUAGGCUCCGUUUGGUUUGCUUUGUCCAAACGGACCGCGGAUACAAUUUGGUCGCAGGCUUUUGUGGGCAUGUCGGAGGCCUGUGCCGAAGCCCAAGUGCAGCAGUCCCUGGCGGAUAUUUUCUUUCAGCAUCAGCUUGGUUCCGUCUUGACCAUCUACAUUAUGGCCACCUCUGUGGGCUCCUUUCUCGGCCCUUUGAUUGCGCAUUUGAUUGCCGAGUCCCAGGGAUUCAGAUGGGUCGGCUGGUGGGGGGCCAUCGUCAGCGGUGCGACGCUCAUCGUGAUUAUCUUUGCGUGUGAGGAAACGGUGUUUGACAGACCAAAGCACUUCCCGUUGUACGAGUCCAAUAAUUCUGGAAAUGUUGACUCGGGCGUGUCGCACUCCAAGGAGAAAGGCCCCGAUGGCCUCAGGAUCAAUAGUAGUGAUCUUGGCGACGGCAGAGACGAUACCGACGAUGUUGAGGCUACCGAUAAGCAAGAGAAGCUGCUGCCGUACCACAAGAGGAUUGCCAUCAUUACUCCGUCUUCGUUUAUCGAGGGCUUUGGCGUCAGGCAGUAUAUCAAGCGCUUCCUUGUCUACUUCAAGGUCUUUACGUUGCCUGCUGUGUGGUUGUCUGGUAUCUUGUGGGGUUUGCAAGAUGCGUACAUGUCAUUCUUCCUCACCACACAAGAUACCUUCUUCUACGAUCCGCCAUGGAAUUAUACUGAAACCGGUGUGGCGAUCAUGAACGUGGCCACUUUGAUCGGUGCAGUCCUGGGAUGCAUCAUGUCCGGCGUCCUAUCUGACAUGCAUGUUCUCCGGAUCGCCAAGAAGAACAACGGUCUAUACGAGCCCGAGUACAGACUCUGGCUCCUCUUCAUCACCCUCUUUGUCUCCCCCGUCGGUCUAAUCAUGUUUGGCGUCGGUGCAGCCAAAGGCGGCGAAUGGCCAGCCUGGGUCGUAUACGGGGGUCUCGCCUGCAUUGGUUUCGGCUGGGGAUCGAUCGGCGACACAGCCAUGUCGUACUUGAUGGAUGCAUACCCGGAGAUCGUCAUCCAGGGCAUGGUGGGGGUCUCGAUCAUCAACAAUACCCUGGCUUGUAUCUUCACCUUUGUGUGUUCGUUGUGGCUGGACGAAUCCGGGACCCAAAACACGUACAUUGCGCUGGCGGUGAUUGAUUUUGUUUCGAUUGCGUUCAUCAUCCCGACUUUGUACUGGGGGAAGUCUUGGAGAAUCAAGACCAAGGGGCUUUACGUGCAGUUGGUCCAGCUCACGAACGGUAUGAGUUAGAUGGUACAUAUGUUUUCUUUAUAGACUAGACUAGAAAUUUUCGCAUGCAACUUUCCGAUUGGCAGUGCC